CUAGCUCAGUCUUGCAUAGAGCAUAUAUCUCCUGCCCCACUCCAUUGUCACCGGAAAACUCAUCGGAAUCUUCCCGGACAAACUGCAUAAAUUCUAGCUUUGCUCUAAUCCGGGUUCUUAUUCUCCAACCCAAGAUCUCCCUAGCUUUUAUUCCCUAAAACUAUCACCAAGCUAACUUUAACAUUAAAGGGAUGAAUUUUGGUCACUAAGGGGGACUGAUAUAUAGGUUCUACGUUUAAUGGAGACGAGAACCCACAGGCCUGAUUUGCAUGUUGUACAACAAAGCAGGCGGGAUAAGUUGAGGGUUCAGAACAUUCCAUCGUCGUCUUCUUCGCAGUACCUGGGAGACUAUUCUGGGAAUUGUGAGCACUGGUCCUUGCAAAACCAGGGACCAAACAUGGAUCUUGCUCAGCUUCCUAGUUGUCGGUAUGGGAACAUUUCAUAUGAACAGUCAGUAUUGUCCUCAGAAAUGCUAAAUUUCGGGUCAGAUUCACAGUCUUUAGUAGCGCACAAGAACGAUGCUGUUACUGUGAAUCAAGAACCCCCAUCUUCUCCACCGGGCGAUAAGGCUGGUGGUGGAGAUAAUGGCCAGUUUAGUAAUAGCUUCAACCAUUUUGUUAAUGUGAGUGGUGAGGCACAGAAUUGGAAGAGCGUUGGAUCACAGCAGCAGAUUUGCUGUGAUUGGAAUAAUAAUGUUGGGGCGAAUUAUUCGAGUGUUAGCCCUAUGGCUGUGGGAGGAAGCUCAUCGUCCCGGGGUUUGAUCCCGAAUAAUUGUGUUCCUGUUUCUGGAACUCAUAGUGUGAAGCCGGGGUAUUUCAAGUAUAAUGAAGCACAAUCGAAUUUGAGUAACACGACGACGAGUGUAAUUCCAGGACAGUUUGAGGAUUUGCAGUUUAGUGCAUACUGUCCAGAAGUGACUUUGGGGAGCUGCAUUGAGACUAAAAUGACCUCUGUAUCAUCGUUGGCAAACCCGAGGGAAAGUGGGCGUGGUUCGUGGUUGGAUUCUCGGAGCGAGCUUCAUCUUCUUCCGACUUAUGCUGAUCAGUCUAGUGUGUUAUGUGUUAACAGUGAUUCCGAGAUGGUAAAUAGGGCAGUUGAGGGAUGGCAACGAAACGACAUCUCGAGCACUACUCAGGCUCUAUCGCUCUCGCUUUCCUCACUUGCUGCGCCAUCCAAACCCCAUUUCGGGGCAGUUGGCAGCCAGCAUAAUGUUUCCGGGGACUUGAAUUGUGGCUUUGAUGCCAUGCCCGGGUUGCGCCCAUUGAGGUCUGACUACUUGUAUUCCUCCUCGAAACAAUUGAGUAAAAUGUUGGAGAAUGCUGGUGCUUGUCAAGACACAGUCGUCAGGAAUUCGACUUUAUCUCAUCUAAAUGUGGUGCCGUUCGGUCCUUUCACAGGUUAUGCAACCAUUCUGAAAAGUUCGAGAUUCCUAAAACCCGCACAGCAGCUGCUGGAUGAAGUAUGCAGUUUUUCUGGCCAUAGUGCCCUAACAGUAUCUGCGCUCACCAAGAGAGUUUUGGAUGAAAUCUGUCUUUCAAAUGAUGGCAUCGAGGGUGACAACAGCGGAUUAUCUUCUACGCUCUUUGGAUCAAACGGCAGUGGUGUAUGCAGCAGCUCCAAUGAAUCCUAUCUGAGAUCCGAAUAUCAGCAAACGAGAGUCAAGUUGUUAUACAUGCAGGAAGAGGUUUGCAGAAGGUACAGCCAGUAUCAUCAACAAAUGCACAUGGUAGUUUCGUCCUUCGAAUCGGUGGCUGGACUGAGUGCCGCUACCCCGUACAUAUUGCUGGCUCUCAAGACUAUCUCCAGGAGCUUUUAUUCCAUUAAAAGCGCCAUCUCAGAUCAGCUGAGGAACAUUCGGAAAACUUUGGGUCAACAACUGUUAUCUCAUGCCGGGAGAAGUAAAGGGGAUAGAGUUAGCUCGAGUCUGAAAUUGGCUGACCAUCCGCUAGAAAAGCAGAGAGCUAUAGGUAGCGGGAUGGGUUUUUUGGAUCCCCAACCGCAAGUUUGGAGGCCACAGAGAGGCUUACCCGAGCGUGCUGUUGCUGUUCUUAGAGCUUGGCUCUUUGACCAUUUUCUUCAUCCGUAUCCAACGGAUGCUGACAAGCAUAUGUUGGCCACCCAGACUGGCUUAACUCGUAACCAGGUUUCAAACUGGUUCAUCAAUGCCCGAGUUCGAGUUUGGAAGCCCAUGGUUGAAGAAAUACACAUGCUCGAGACUAAAGCGAUGUCAAAUGUUGGAAAACCCCAAGUCACAAGUGCAACAGAAGGCGCAACGACCCAACACUUGAACGGUUUCGCCUUCCAAAACGAAAGCCAAUACUCAAACCGGCUGAGCAUGAGAGGAAUACCCCCGACCCCGGGCCUGCAAGCAGAAUGCUGCACGGGGAUUGGCGAAAGAUCACACCCCGCUAGCUGGAGCACUGCUCAAGAAAAACAAUCGAGGAUCAACUGUCACAUUCCUGCAGCAGCAGCUGCUGGUAUGGAUGGACCGCUCAUGGGUUUCAUGCCUUACCAUCAUCAAAACAACCUCGAAAUCGGGGGCCUUGGAUCUGUAUCGCUCACGCUGGGGCUGAGGCAGAGCGCCGCUGAGGGAGUGCAACAUGAACCUCACCAGCAUUUAGGAGGUCAAAUCAUCCAUGAUUACCUUGGUUAAGUCUAGGUUAUGUUGGAAAUAAGGAAAAAACUACAAUUAAUCCUCUAGUGAUUGAAUUGCUACAAAGUGGGUCAUCAUUAUCCUCUUUAAACUGUAUGAUAAAUGACACUUGACAAUGAUAAACCUCAAGUGAAAAAAAACAUAAAUAUGCACAUGUUAGCAAUCUAUAAGAAAGAGCUACUAUAUUUAGCUCACUUUGGUUGGCAGGUUUAUUUGUUUGUUUCUGGGCUUCUUGUUCUGUAUCUCCAUUUCCCUUUUGUAAUACUAGCGAUUUAUUUGAUUUAUGAGAAAGCUUGCAGUCCCGUUAUCUUA